AUGUUCAACCUCGUCCGAAGAAUAUCGCGAUCUUUCAUUCCACGUCCGGAUCGCCCUUGGGAGGAAGACCCGACUUCGAAUGCACCACAAAUUGGCCGAAAGCGACGGUUAAGCACGACCGAGCUUGGCGAUGGGCCGUCGGACGAAGAGCGGUUAACGAAGAGAGGUCGAGGGGCCCUCCCACCCGUCGCAGUCGAAACUACGACCGAAAAUACCAGUCAGAACGAUACGAGGGAGGCCUCACCGGUGUCACCUCCUCACGGAGCCACUACCGAUCAGGAGGAUGUGAAAGAGGUGACAGAGGGGGUUAAGGAGGUCGAGCUUGAGGAUAAGAAGGAAGUCGGACCAGAGAGCGUGCCCUUGCCGGUGGAGGUUUCUGGUGAGCUUGACGAAGUUAGCGCCACCCCUGCAGAAGGAUCCAAGGACGAAUCAAAGGCAGAAGCAGAGAACGACGACGUCGCUUCGUCGCGAUCGUCCUCAGUACCACCACAACCCGCCGAGGCAGUCGACUUAGCGUUGGCUGAACAGCCAUCUCAAGUUACUGACGAACGAACAAACGAACCCUCGAACGAAAUCCCAAAUAACAUUCUCGUCACAUCAGCGGAAAUAGUAUCACCUCAGCCGGCAGAAGGCAGUUAA